GAAGCAGACUGAGAUCAUGGCUGAAGAUGUGUCAGUGGAGACUUUAACUGAUGCUUUGACUCUUUUGGUGAAUUUGGGGAAAGUUCUUCUGCAGAAAGCUCAGGAAGAAGCUGCAGCCUCCCUGGAGGAUUUCGUCCCGUAUAAGAUCACCACGUUGUUGGGUCUGAUCACGGCCGGAGCGAACUUCUACAAGAGCCUGGGAGUGAAGAAGAAGAGUGAAGCUGAGGCCGUGUGGCAGAAGUCUUAUCAUGAGGCAGCGGUGAGAGAGCAAGUGGACGAGCUGCUGCAGCUGGAGACUGAGUGGGACUCCUUCCUGCAGAGCGUGGACUCUGGUCUGCAGACUUCAGAUGUUCAGCUUUCAGGACUGAAGACGGCCGACAGUCUGAGCAGCGAGACGGAGCUGACCGACGCACGCAGCGGAGACGGUGUGACUCUGGGCCGGUACCUCGGUCAGGGACAGAAGCUGCUGCUCGUCCUCAUCAGACAUUUCGGAUGACUGCCGUGACGAGACCACGUGACCGAGCUGGCGGCCAAUCAGGCUCUGCUGGAGGCUCGGUCGGUGAGGGUCUUGGUGGUUUCCUUCGGCGGCGUGGCAGGGGCUCGGCUGUGGCUGGAGCAGACCGGCUGUUCCUUCGACAUGCUGCUGGAUCCUCACAGAAAGGUCUACAGGAGCUUCGGUCUCGGCUCGUCUUACUCGAAGGUGAUGAAGUUCAACAUCCUGCUGAAGUACUCAGAGUACGGAGCUGUGGACAGAGACUUCCCCGACGUUCCCUCUCACCUGCUGGAAGACAUCUACCAGAUGGGAGGAGACUUCCUGCUGGACGACGCAGGGAGAGUCGUCUUCUCUCACCCGUGUAGGAACCCUCUGGACCGGCCGGCGGUGGCGGACAUCCUGCAGGCGUAGUCAGGGGUCAGAGGUCAGAUCGGCCUCUUUCUAACAGCGCUGACACCACAGAGGCAGAGCGGCUCUUCGACGCACGUUAAUGACGUCACGUCUCACACUCAUGACAUCAUGAAGAGGCGCGACCGAUGCACAGCUGUGUGGAGGAGACGGCCGCUCGUCUUCGUCGUGUCUGCGAUGUGACGGCAGCAUU